AUGUCGCCUGACCUGAACUCUCUUCCUCCAUCUCGCUCGUCCUCAAUUUCAUCCUCCGCUCAAGCUCGCAAUAUGGCCGCUACACCCGGCAACGUUCCACCCGCAAAUCCCAGUGCUUCCCCCAGACCUUCUCGCGGCUCAAGCAUCGGCCGCCUGUCGGUGUCUGAGCGACGUCGAUCCGCUGCUGGCAUCAACUUAAACCUGAAUGACAUGCAGGCCAAUAGCGAGGCCCCGGUAGACCAUCGCAGUUCCAUCGGACAUGCAUUCCGUACAGCAAGCCCAUCCAGUCACGGAGGAAGCCCCGUCUUUGCGACAGCAGACCCCCAUCACCAGCGGGCACCCUCUCUGGGCGAGUUACACCAAGAACUUGAACAAGAGCAAGAAGCACAGGUGAAUCGUCUUUUGCAGAUGAUCCGCAGCCAGCAAGCACAGCUUCAUCAGUAUCAGCAGAAUCAACCGCAACAGAACCCGCAAUCAUCCGCGGCCAUCGACGACACCACCCCUUCGUCAGAGCGGUCAGCAUUCUUCCCCCCUGGUCCACCACCACCACCAGCCGGGAACAGGCUAUCGAUUUCGUCGUCUUUCUCAAACCGCCGACCCUCGCGAUCUGAGAGCCAGGCGACUUCACCGAAUUUGCGACCCCUCGACUCGCGAGGACCAGAAGGCGUGGAGCCGUUCCCCGGGUUGCGGGAUAACUUAUCUCGGCGGGGAAGUCGGGACGAAAGUGCGUUUUACCAGGCCGAGGCUAGCUCGCUAGGCCGAGAGAACUUACUGCUUCGGCAACGGAUUCGGGAACUAGGUAAGCCAACCCUGUUUCGCACCCGCUGUAAUUUGAAAGAAAAUUCCACCCCCGGAAGUGGAAUGGCUAGGACACACGCGCUGACUAUUCCUCAUAGAGAGACAAAUUGGAGAAUUGACGAUUUCGCAAGCACCAUCGACAGCUGUAUCGGUUGGGCAAGCGGGUCCCGAGGUCGCGGACCCGCCUGCCGUGGGGUCGACGCGAGACGGUAA